AUAGAAAUCAGGGACAUUUCUGGGAGAUUUUAAGAAAGGAAUUGUUAAAAUUGAAUUGCAAUAAUCCUCCCGCCCGCGCAGCUGCUUGUGACGUGAACCAAAAGAAGGGGGCUGACGCCGACGCGGUGGGUGAGGCUCCGGCUGUCAUGUGACGGCGCUGGGUUCUUACAGUCAGUGUGACACUGCUUGGCGAGGUUUGUGGUCCUGUUGCGGAGAUGGAGCGUUACCUGUGCGGUUUGAUCAUCUACCUGCUUGGCUUAGGGCUCAUGAGUUCAGAAGCUUUUGAAGUAGAGGUAAAAGAUGAAUCUAAAACCUGCAUACAUGCCAACCUGAAGGUGAAAUUCAUAAUUCAGUAUGAAACCAUCAAUAACACACUGAAGAACACCACAUUAGUUGCACCUGAUGCAGUGGACACAAGUGGCAGUACAUGUGGCAGCACCAAGGAAGCUCCUUUGUUAGUAGUUAACUUUGGGAACAACCAUACAUGGAGUGUGAACUUCACCAAGAAUAGUACGGUGUACAGUAUUGAUGUUAUCGUCUUCACUUACAACACCAAUGACAGUGCAUUGUUUCCAGAUGCCAAAAUAAAAGGGGUCUUUAAUACUGUGAGGUCUAUUGGCGAAUCAGUACCAAUAAAUGAAACCUACAUAUGUUUACAUGAAGAAGUGUUAAGUACGGAGAAUGUCACACAAGUCUACUGGAAUGUUUCCCUGCUAGCAUAUGCCCAGGAUGUUUCCUUAACGAAAGAAUUCCAUUGCAGUGGAGACACCACACCGACCAAAGCUCCACCUACUUCUGUAGUACCUACAGCCAACACAACUUCAGCCGCUCCAAAACCAACCCCAAAACCUGAGGAUAAGCCCAGCACUGGCAACUAUAGUGUGCUAAAUGGAACAGAGAAAUGUUUGCUGGCUUCUAUGGGUCUGCAACUUAAUACCACUCUGCUUGUUGAUGGAAAAAAUGUUCGGACUACAUUUAAUAUUGACCCUAACCGCACCAUCAGUUCUGGAGACUGUGGUGUCAAUACUGCCAUUCUGAGGCUCAAUGACAGUGGCAUUGCUAUUGUUGAGCUUUAUUUCUCCAUUAAACUGGAGAACUUCUAUCUUAAAGAAGUUAAUGUCACCAUCAGAAAUGCUACAGAAAUGUCUCGCAGAACAAGCACCAACCUGAGCCUGUGGGAAGCGUCAGUAGGAAACUCUUACCUGUGUCACAAAGAGCAGCUCAUCAGAGUGUCAGAAGACCUCAUCAUUAAUACUUUUGAUGUGAGAGUUCAGCCAUUCAAUGUUCAAAAUGGAACAUAUGCUACAGCUGAAGAAUGCUUUGCUGACUCUGAUCUGAGCUUUCUUAUUCCAGUCGUGGUGGGGGCUGUGCUUGUCUUUCUCAUAAUACUUGUCUUUAUCUCCUACUUAAUUGGACGACGAAAAAGUCGCACAGGCUAUCAAUCUGUAUGAUACCAAAACCUCUUUAUUUUUCCUUUCUAUACUGUCAACUAAAUAAUUUAUUCUUGUACAAUGCUAACCUCUCUAUGCAUAGGUGAUAUUGUUUUAAAGCACUGCUGUAAAGGUUGGUAGAAAAAAAGACAAAUCUAAAUGUGGUCUUUUGGAAUUGGUUUGUGUGUGAUUUUAGCUCUUGGAUGCAUCCUAAACAGAUACAAAGAUGCUUAGACUAUAAGACUGUAAAUCACCAUCCACCAUCUGUAUGAAAAGUCAGGGAGAACCAUAUGUUUAUGCCAGAGCUUCGUUGGGCCGAUCAGAGGAAAACCAGGAGCUUUCUUCUAAAUGGUUCCAGUUUUGGCACACUGGCUAUAAACAUAUUUACGUGAGAGCCUGAAACAUUACAACAUGAAUGCCAAAACCCUUUUUUAGACUUUUGUAUUGUAAGAAUUUAUAUGGAAAGUGCUUAUGUAUGUUCAACCCGGUACUUACACAAAGAACAGUAGCUGACAGACAUGAAACUAUAUAUUCAGCAUGUAAAUGUAGAUGUCAGUGUGUUUGUUUUUUUUUUAUUAUUUUUAGUUAUGAUUUAUAGUUUCUAAUUUUUUUUAAGCAUAUUUUGUCUAGACCAAUGGAAAUUUAGAUGUGAUGUCAUAGAGCCAUGUUUCCUAAAUAAGCCAAGUUCCCUCAGUAAGUCAUGAUUUUAGGAUAUCCUAUAGAAGGAAUGCCUUCUACAUUUCCUGAUGUACUGACUAGGAUGAUAUGACUUGUCUUUUAGGCUAUGUUCACAUGACACAAUUUCUCCAUGGAAUUUUUCAUGAAAAUUAUGCAUAAAUUUAUAGCCAAUGCACUUCAAUGGGAUUCCGCUGUCCCACACAAAAAUUUCCGCUGCAGGCAUUUCAAGUGAAUUGGCUAUAAAUUUUGUGCAGAAUUCAGUGCAGAAAUUCUGCCGUGUGAACAUAGCCUUACAGUAAGGACAUGGCCAGUAGGAGGGGGUCCUUGAGGAACAGAGUACUCUAUCAGAGAAGACUUUCCCAAGCCCAGCAUAUCAUUUCUAUAAGUGUUCUUUUUAUGGUAGUAUAAAUAUUUACAACCAUUCACAGUAAAAGGUAAUCUCUCAGCUUCAAUUCACGUUCCAAACUGCUGACAUUGUUAGCUUUUAGUACAAAGAGACAUGGAACCUUUAAUAUAUCUGCCCGUGCUUCUAUAACAUAGAAAAAAGGCAUUCUCUGGUGCAGAGUGUCAAAGAGUUCCCAAGCCCCUGAAGUGUUGAUGGUGAAAAAAACAAAUUGAGCCCUCUCCCAUCCUUGUCCUAGCUUAAUUGACUGCCAUGGCUUGGCUUCCAGGUUACUGUCAGUCAAGCAGGGAUAGGGAAGGAAAUGGGAGUGAGGAGGCGUUUCAGAUUUCAGCACUUCAGGGGCUUGGGAACACCUAUUUAACACUUGGCACCAGAGAAUUAAAACUAUAUGAAAGCACAGACCGGUACCAUGUGUCCUAACAUCUAUCUAACAGUGUUAGCAAUUCAGAAUGUAAAUUGCCGCUGACAUUUAAGUAAUGCCAACUGCAACCAGAAAACCAGGUUAGGAACUACAGACAAACAACCAGCAAUCAAACCAUAAAUCUGUAUGUUAUUGAUCAUUUUCACAAAGAAACAAACAUGACUGAUAUGGGCUGUAAUAGUUAUCUUAAAGUGUACCUGCCGUCAACGAAAACUUUUUAUAUAAUGUAGAUAAUAUCAUUGUAUGUAUAUUUGUAAUAUAGAUUGGUUAAAAAAUGUGUAUAUUUUUGGGUGAAAAAAUGCUGUCUCUGCAGCUAACGCAUGUUUGUGAGGAGUCCAAAUACAAGAAGUGAGGGCAGGACAAGCAGGGCUCUGUGCAGGAUACUGGCUUGUCAAUCAUCUUCAUAUGUGAGCCCAUAGCAUGCCACAGAGCCUCCCCGCACAGAGCCCUGCUUGCCCUCACUGCAUUCCUGUAUUUGGACUCCUCAUAGAGACACACAGGCACUAACUGCAGGGACAAAAAUAUACAUAUUUUUUUACCAAUAUAUAUUACAAAUAUACAUAUAAUGGUGUUAUCUACAUUAUAUAAAAAGUUUUUGUUAAUUACAGGUAGGUACACUUUAAUAGUUAAUACUUAAAGUGUACCUGUCAAAACUAAAAAUUUUAUAUAAUGUGUGUGGGUGUGUGUAUAUAUAUAUAUUACCAUUAUAUGUAUAUUUGUAAUAUACAUUGGUUAAAAAAUGUGUAUAUUCUUGGUUGAAAAAAUGCUGUCCCUACAGCUAUUGCAUGUGUGUCUCUCUGAGGAGUCCAGCUUGUCCUCAGUCCACAUAGUCCUGCUCUGCUUGUCCUCAGUGAACAGAGCCCUGCGUGUCCUCAGUGCAGAGCCCUGCUUGUCCUCAGUGUACAGAGUCCUGCUUGUCCUCAGUGUACAGAGCCAUGCUUGUCCUCAGUGCACAGAGCCCUGCUUGUCCUCAGUGCGCAGAGCCCUGCGUGUCCUCAGUGCGCAGAGCCCUGCGUGUCCUCAGUGCGCAGAGCCCUGCGUGUCCUCAGUGCACAGAGCCCUGCUUGUCCUCAGUGCACAGAGCCCUGCUUGUCCUCAGUGCACAGAGCCCUGCUUGUCCUCAGUGCACAGAGCCCUGCUUGUCCUCAGUGCACAGAGCCCUGCUUGUCCUCAGUGUACAGAGCCCUGCGUGUCCUCAGUGCACAGAGCCCUGCGUGUCCUCAGUGCACAGAGCCCUGCUUGACCUCAGUGUACAGAGCCCUGCUUGUCCUCAGUGUACAGAGCCCUGCUUGUCCUCAGUGUACAGAGCCCUGCUUGUCCUCAGUGUACAGAGCCCUGCUUGUCCUCAUUGUACAGAGCCCUGCUUGUCCUCAGUGUACAGAGCCCUGCUUGUCCUCAGUGUACAGAGCCCGGCUUGUCCUCAGUGUACAGAGCCCGGCUUGUCCUCAGUGUACAGAGCCCUGCUUGUCCUCAGUGCACAGAGCCCCGUUUGUCCUCAGUGUACAGAGCUCUGCUUGUUCUCACUGCACAGAGCAUUGCUUGUCCACCCUCACUUCAUGUAUUUGGACUCCUCAUAGAGACACACAGACAAUAACUGCAGGGACAAAAAUAUACACGUUUUUUAACCAAUGUAUAUUACAACUAGACAUAUAAUAGUAUUAUCUCCAUUAUAUAAAAAGUUUUUGUUAAUGACAGGUACACUUUAAUAGUUAUACUUAUCUGAUGUCCAUGGCCAACUUAAGAUUGAUCAUAUACAUUGUUGAUUAUUUUAAUAUUGGAAAUUGUGUUGCUGCAGGAGCAAACUGCAGGUAAAAGUUAACACGCGCUCUGUUCUUACCUAAAUAUCCUGCGCAGGCUGUUAAGCAGCUUCCUGUCGAAAGUAAUUGAAUUCUGCUGAACAUUUGUUGUAGUGAAACAUUGUCGUAGUAUCAUAUUGGUUGUGUUGCUUGGCCCAAACACCAAGUCUGUGCUUUUAAUCUUUUAGAGGGUUUAUUCAAUAGUUGGUAACUUUCCACAAGCAGUCUAAUCCAAGACCAUAUUGAUCCAUUAUGAAACAAAUGGAAGUUAACACCUGUAGUAUCUCAUUCUGUCAUGCAGUUUGGAGGCAUCUGAGCCUAAAUAUUAGGAAAUUCCACAACCUGAACACAGAAUAGGCAAAAUACCUAUACAGCAUAUGAAUGGAACUGUAUACACACUAUUCCAAAAUGUUAUGUAUGUGGAAUAGAUUUUCAAUAUUGAUAAAAUAAAAAUGUGGAGAACUUAGCUGUCAUUGAAAGAAAACACAUUCCUUCUAAAGUUGUGUGACAUGUCAUAGCUAUCCUUUUUGUCUAACUUUGUCUAUUGGGCCAAAAAGUACAAAAGUACCAAAGUGCAAUGACAUGAACCCACUCUAUUACAUUUUUGAAUUGCUUAACAAGUGAUUCUAUAUGACAAUACUCUGAUACUUUAGAACCAACAAUACUCCAUCCCUCUAAGAAAUUAAUAAAGAAACAAAUAAACCUUUUAGGGUUAUUUUGCAAUCUGUAUUAUAGCCAUAAGGCUACAUAUUUAACCCUUCUAGUUAGGGAUUUCAUUUAUACCUGUCAGAUCUGCUUAAUCUGUUUCACUCAUUCCUAAAAUAGAUUAAAAAAAAAAAAAAAAAAAAAGGAAAGGAAAGGUCGGAAACAGAAUACAAGGACCAGUGUUCGUUUAGAUAAACCAGUUAGUAUGCCAGAAUUGUUAUAUUUUGGCGAUAUAAGAUACUUAAACAAGGUUUGUACAGCUGAAAUGUAGCAUUUCUAGUCUAUAUAUACAUUUCUAUAAACCACCACUGGUCCUCUGCUGUCAACAAUUUAGUGGUUUUGUAAAAUCAUUCAAAAGAAAAAGAAACUUAGAUAAUGCUGAGAGUAGAAAAAUCAAUUGCCUGCUCCUUACUCUCUAUAGCCAUUAGUUUUUGCAUUGGGCACCAUAAUCUCAGGUGACCAGUGCUUUGUCUUUGCAGGUAAGAAGCAUUAAAAGGGUACUCUACUGGCCAGCGUGGGCGUGGCCGUGAUGUCACGAGGAGCAUGGCUGCCCCCGCAGUGUGAAAACAGCGUUCGGAACAUUUACUUCCGAACGCUGGCCCAGUGGAGUACCCCUUUAAAGGCGUUUCCAGGAUUAGAAAAACAUGGCUGCUUUCUUCCAAAUCCAGCACCUUACCUGUCCAGGGUUGUUUCUGAUAUUACAGUAAAUGGGCUACGAUUCCAUACCACGUUCAACCUGAAAACAGGUGUAGCACUGUUUUUUGGAAGGCGGUAGUUAUGUUUUUCUAUUCCUGUGCAUUCCUUGAACAACCCAUGAGGAUUCGGGACUUUCCCCAAACCCAGCGAUUUCUGCCAUCUUUCAGCAGCUCAGGGCUGCCUCUUAUAGCCAGCACAGAGUGAUCUUUGAUGCCAAAAUAUAAAAACGUAUUUGGUAUCAACAUGUGGUGCAUUGUCCCUAGUAUGAAAAUAUAACAUUGAUCCCACUCAGUGAAUGGUGUAAGUAAAAAAUAAUACUAAAUGCCAGAACUGUUUUAUUUUUUAUUUUUUUGUCACAUCACAUCCCCAAAAAAAUGGAAUAAAAAGCAAUUAAAGAUUUGUAUAUUUUUUCCAAAAGGUUCAGUGAUCACAAAUCUGGCAAUGAAACAUAACAUUUAUACUAUUUACUAUAAACAGCACAAUUGUUGUAAGCUUUAGAUGGCUGGUAUGUACAAGGUUUUGCAUACCUUUUUUUACUUUAUAGCAAAUGCACAAAUCACAGAAAUGACAGAAAACUGUUUUUCUGUAACAACAUAAGGACACAACCUUUUUUUUGGUUACCCAAUGUGCAACGUUUCAGCUACAGUGGGGAAAAAAGUAUUUAGUCAGCCACCAAUUGUGUAAGUUCUCCCACUUAAUAAGAUGAGAAAGGCCUGUAAAUUUCAUCAUAGGAAUACCUCAACUAUGAGAGACAUUAUGAGAAAAACAAAAUCCAUAAAAUCACAUUGUCUUAUUUUUAAAGAAUUUAUUUGCAAAUUAUGGUGUAAAACAAGUAUUUGGUCAAUAACAAAAGUUCAUCUCAAUGCUUUGUUAUAUACCCUUUGUUGGCAAUGACAGAGGUAAAAUGUUUUCUGGAAGUCUUCACAAGGUUUUCACACACUGUUGCUGGUAUUUUGGCCCAUUCCAUUCAUGCAGAUCUCCUCUAGAGCAGUGAUGUUUUGGGGCUGUUGCUGGGUAACAUGGACUUUCAACUCCCUCCAAAGGUUUUCUAUGGGGUUGAGGUCUGGAGACUGGCUAGGCCACUCCAGGACCUUGAAAUGCUUCUUAUGAAGCCACUCCUUCUUUGCCCGGGCGGUGUAUUUGGGAUCAUUGUCAUGCUGAAAGACCCAGCCACGUUUCAUCUUCAAUGCCCUUGCUGAUGGAAGGAGGUUUUCACUCAAAAUCUCAUGACACAUGGCCCCAUUAAUUCUUUCCUUUACACGCAUCAGUUGUCGUCCUGGUCCCUUUGUAGAAAAACAGCCCCAAAGCAUGAUGUUUCCACCCCAUGCUUCACAGUAGGUAUGGUCUUCUUUGGAUGCAACUCAGCAUUCUUUCUCCUCCGAACACGACAAGUUGAGUUUUUACCAAAAAGCUCUGCUUUAGUUCCAUCUGAUCAUAUGACAUUCUCCCAAUCCUCUUCUGGAUCAUCCAAAUGCUCUCUAGCAAACUUCAGGCGGGCCCAGACAUGUACUGGCUUAAGCAGGGGGACAUGUUUGGCACAGCAUGAUUUGAGUCCCUGGCGUCGUAGUGGGUUACCGAUGUAGUCUUUGUUACUUUGGUCCCAGCUCUCUGCAGGUCAUUCACUAGGUCCCCCCUGGGAUUUUUGCUCACUGUUCUUGUGAUAAUUUUGACACCACUGGGUGAGAUCUUGUGUGGAGCCCCAAAUCAAGGAAGAUUAUCAGUGGUCUUGUAUGUAUUUCAUUUUCUAAUAAUUGCUCCCACAGUUGAUUUCUUCACACCAAACUGCUUGCUUAUUGUAGAUUCAGUCUUCCCAGCCUGAUGCAGGUCUACAAUUUUUGUUUCUGGUGUCCUUCGACAGCUCUUUAGUCUUGGCUGUAGUGGAGUUUGGAGUGUGAAUGUUUGAGGUUGUGGACAGGUGUCUUUUAUACUGAUAACAAGUUCAAACAGGUGCCAUUAAUACAGGUAAUGAGUGGAGGACAGAGGAGACUCUUAAAUAAGAAGUUGCAGGUCUGUGGGAGCCAGAAAUCUUGCUUGCUUUUAGGUGACCAAAUACUUAUUUUCCUGAGGAUUUAACCAAUUAAUUCAUUAGAAAUCCUACAAUGUGAUUUCCUGUAUUCUUUCACCCCAUUCUGUCUCUCAUAAUUGAGGUAUUCCUAUGAUGAAAAUUACAGGCUUCUCUCAUCUUUUUAAAUGGGAGUACUUGCACGAUUGGUGGCUGACUAAAUACUUUCCCCCACUGUAUAUCAUUUGCUAUUAUCAAGCAUAGUUAAAAUGGUGAACAUAGGGGGAGAUUUAUCAAUAUGUAUGUAGUGUGCAGUCACUUCACAGCCUUCUUUUUUAUUUUUUAUUUUUUGCUGUGAUUUUGGCUUCUGUGCACCAAAUUUAUCAAAGCAGUGCACAGACUUUGAUACAUUUUUCACAAAUGAAAAAUCACCUCAGAAUGUGCUGUAGGAUGUUUUUCUUUUAAGCCAGAGGUGGUAUGAAUUUGCAUUUGUUUUUAACGUUUGUGCAAUAUUUUUGCGCCUUUUUAAAAAAGACGCAGUUAAUAAAUCUUAUCCACUGCAAAGUCAAGAAGAGGAAGCACUGCAUUUCACAGUCACUUUUGCCAAAGUUGUCUAUUUUGUAAUUGUGCAAAGGCAAUGAUAAAUCCCCCAUAGUGCCUAUCUAUAUACAUUUAUAUAUAUAUAUAUAUAUAUAUAUAUAUAUAUA